AUCAUUGAGACCGCAUUGUGGACUCUGCAUAUUCCUCCGCUGUUUGCACUAGACAUAACUUGUGGUGUUAUAACUUAAAACGAGGAAAACAUUUAUGAAAGAAAAAAGAAUUGAACAUAAAUAAAUUGUAGUUAAACAACAAAUUGUGAUAGAUUUUAUUAUUGUUUAUGUUUAAGUAAACGUUCAACUACAAGAUGUUAGGAAGUUCGAUCUUGGGUAGUAUACUUUUCAUAAUAUUAGGAAGUGUGCGAUUGAUAUUUGCAUCGUUUAUGGGUCCAACCUCUACGAUAGUGAAUAUAAUCCUCACUUAAAUAUUUAUGUGGACGAAACUAACGAUAUAAAAUAUAAACUUGAUCACUUUUGGCAACGAGCAGCCUAAGCGUGAAUACGAUAAAAUGGAUCCCGAUCCUAACGAAAGUUUUUUUAUUUAUGAUCAGGAGAGUGAAUUCGAUAAAAUGGAGUCUCAUCCUGACGAAAGUGAUUUUAUUUACCAACGCGAGAGUAAAAAAAGAAAACUGAAUAGUAGAGAGGCAAUAGGUGUUACUGCAUCUCCAGAAGACAAUUAUAACGAAGAAAAUGAAGCAGUGUACAAUGCAGAUGUUGACAGCAGCGAAAAUAGUGUGUCCCAGAAAGUUCAACACAUGAUGAAAAGAAUGGGAUACAAGCCGGGUAAAGGUCUUGGAAAGGAUGACCAGGGUCGUGCAGAACCGAUAGAAGCAGCUAAGCAACAUGGUCGAAGAGGAUUUGGACAUACUGUGCCAGGUCUUAAGGAAGCGAGUUGCAAGUGGAAUCCUGAUGAUGAGAAAAUACAAGUUAUCGAAGACAUCGAAUGGUUGCAAAACAUAGGUUCUGGUACGCCUCUGGUUGAAGAUAUGUCGGACUGGAUGAAGUUGGGGCAAAAAAAAUACAGUAUAGACGAUGAGAACCUGUUUUGCAAUCCAACUAUUCUGAGUCAAGUUGUUUCUUCUAAGUCCAUCCUUGAUGGAUUGGAUAACAUGGAAAUACGCAAAGCGAGAACUCGGGCAAAUCCAUUUGAAACGAUCCGUAACGGGCACUUUUUGAAUCGUGCAGCUGUAAAGAUGGCGAAUAUAGACAGAGCGUGCGAUUUUAUGUUCACUGAUCCAAAAAAUAUGGACGCUAACGAAUUGCUGUUCUUUGCGGAUGUGUGCGCUGGGCCAGGUGGUUUCAGCGAAUACGUUUUAUCCAGGAAGAAGUGGCAUGCCAAGGGAUUUGGAUUCACCUUGAAGAGCAGCAAUGAUUUUACAUUGGAUGAGUUUUUUGCUGGCCCAUGUGAAACUUUUCAUCCAUUUUAUGGACCCAAGGGCGAUGGAGAUGUAUAUAAUCCGCAGAAUCAGGAGGCAUUUCAAGCACUGAUUAAGAAACAUACCGACAAUAAAGGUGUACACUUCAUGAUGUCAGAUGGCGGAUUCUCGGUGGAAGGACAGGAAAACAUUCAAGAGAUUCUGUCAAAGCAGUUGUACCUAUGCCAGUGUUUAGUGGCCCUUAUGAUUGUGAGACCGGAUGGACAUUUCGUUACAAAACUGUUCGAUCUGUUUACACCUUUUAGUGUCGGGCUCAUUUACCUGAUGUACAAGUGUUUCGACAGUAUUUCCAUUUUCAAGCCCAAUAGUUCCAGACCAGCCAAUUCUGAACGAUACUUAAUAUGCAAAAGAAAGAGGCUCAACACGCAAGGGAUAGUAGAUUAUCUCACUCACGUUAACGAUUUGCUUUUGACGCGAGACGAUAGCAACGACGUGAUUGAAUUAGUACCUCUCGACGUGUUAGAGGCGGACAGGAAGUUUAUAAAUUACAUAAGAAACUCUAACAAUAUUUUAGGAGAAAAACAGAUAAUAAGUCUUCAAAAAAUUGCUGCAUUUUGUGAAGACACAAUGUUGGUCGAACGUCAGCAAGCAAUUAUGAAGGAGGAGUGUCUCAAGUAUUGGAAGCUGCCGAUCCAAACUAGAGUGAGGCCUCCCUUGUCGAAGCCAACAGACAAGGCGCAGGAGAUUCUGGGUGAGGAUCUGCGGCUGCUCAGAUGUGAAGCGACGAAAUUGAAGAGUGACAACGUACGGAGUACAAUAUUCAAUCAGCUGUACGAUUGGUACUGCAUGCCGUGCGGUUCAAGCCCGUACGUCGAGAUAGAUAAGCAGGCAACAUUUUACCUAGGCUUAGGAAGAAGAAAGGUAUACAGAUAUCUGAGAGGUAGCUGGGAAUCUGUAGGGGACGCGAAGAUCGAACUACCACCCAAUACUCUCGUAUACGCUGAGCUGGUGUAUGAAUCAAAGUGGAUGGGCAAAUACUUCUCAAAAACACGCGCGUUACAUAUUUUGGAUGCUUAUAUGCUCGGUGGAGAAGAUGUAAGCAAGCUGUACUUAUCUCAGAGAUAUAAACUGACAGAGAAAUUUUGCAACGCACUGUGGAAGCCGAGUCCCAACGAUUACAUUUGCAUUCGUGCAAAACCAAGAUUCUUACUAGCGCCAGAUAUACAGAAGAAAUUGCAAGUAAUACAGCAACAAUCAGUGAAAAUACCUAUCGCAUUCAAGUUCGACAAAAAUUCUAUGGAAUGCGAGAACGAGACUAAUAAGCAGGAACCGAUAUACUCGGCAUUCAACACCGUGAUAUUUAUACGAAGUAUCGCUCAGCCGUGGGCACGUCACAUUAGUAAGAGGACUGGCGAAUUUUACGUUUAUAAUGUAGGUACCAAACAAACCGAAUAUGAAAUUCGAAAUGGAAUGAACAAUAGGCCACGCGAAGCCGAGGCUAAUUUCGCCCGAGCGUUUGAUCAGCGAGUUAUCUGGAAUUGGCCUCAUGAUAAUACGCUUAAUAUGGAUGCUCUAGUUCAAAUGCUAAAUCCAUCCAAAAGUAGUAGUAAAGUUACAUGUACAUAGUUUAUGUAUAAAGCGUUUUCAAGAACAAUAUACACGACGUAAUAACAGAUAAAUGUAGUCAUUAAUGUAGAGAUUUUACAUUGACAUAUAUACAUUGAAAAAAUGUAUGUGUACAUAGAACGAAAGGGAUAAAUGCCUUCGAAUAAAUUAAUAAUUAUUCAUUUUUUUCUGUUGAUAAUUAUUAAUUUUUGUUCCUAGAGCAAUAAUUGGAAUUAGGUGUGUGUACAAAUUACAUAACCGUCUCUAAACAUUAAAGAUAUUAAUCGAAUCACAUCAUUGACUUAUUAUCUCUCGUUAGAAGUAAUUACAUGAAAGAAAUAAAAUUUACAAGAGUUAAGUACAAGAGUUAUCAUAAAAUACAUAAUCUUACAAUCAAUAUUACAAAUCCUUUUUAAGACUGAUUUUAGAAAUAAGUUAGAUAAUGUUGUAUUAUUACUUACGAUAUCCAAAAACAACUAUAUAAUCAUGAAUCAUGGAAUAAGUGACACACCUGAUCAGUUUUUAUUCUAUGUAUGCAUAUAUAUUGUAUAUAUAGUUUCAAAAUAAUGUUAUUCGUUGUUACCGAUUCUUUUAAAACUUUAUUUUUUUACACAUAUAAGAAUAUAAUCAUUUGUCAUGUAAAUAUUAAAGAUAAGCAUGAGAAUUAAGUAAAAAAAAUGUGAAUUGUGAAAGCAUGCGCAGUAUGAAAUUUAUAUAUGAUGUAAAUAUAUAAAUUACAUUAUGAGAGAUCUAUGCUUGAAAUAAUGUAUUGAGAUUGUUCCUAAAUUAAAUAAAUUGUUAAUUUGUA